GCCCAUCCAAUCGCCAUUCGUGCAACCACAACCAACAAUUUCCUCCCGUGCCACCCACAGAAUCAGGGAUACCCCCCCUUCUAAGCUUUUGCGUCUGAUGAACCGUGGGUUACAUACAGUCAGACAAGCCAGGUUCAGCGGCUCGGCUAGAGAGAAGGAUGUCAGGUACCAAGUCAGGCUUACACGGAGCACCCUGCUACGCGGUGAACUCGGCGUCUCAAGUCCAUACCUUAUUCACACCACCGCGAGCGGGGUUGGUCGAAAAGAUUGGCGUGAGAGCCACUGCAAUUGCUGUUUGUGCGGCUGGAUGCCAUUUUUCCGUAUGGCGGAGACGGCAUCUUGCUUGCUUCACAGCAAUCGUAUGGUGUGCAAAAGAGUGGGAGGAAAAAUACCCAGAAUGCUGUGUAUAGAGUAUGUAACUCGCUCAGACACACCGGCCCGCCGCUGUCUACCAGACGAUAAACACAAGCCGAGACCAUCGCACAGAUCCCAAGACACAAUCAUGUCUAGCACUAAACACCGCCCAUAUCGCUCAGAAACUUUUCCUUCUCCACAAUUGACCCCCCGCCCAUCAUCCAUCGUGAACGAUAGCCUCGUAGACAAAGUAUUAGGAGUCGUACAGGAGGAACAGAAGUGUAUAUAUCUUCGGACAGCCAUAGAGCGCAGGCAGGAAUGUCCUGGCAAGAGAACAUAACUUGCCAGACAGGGUAUCAAAUGCCGUUGCAAACGCAUGCCCGAUUGUCAGAGUCUAUGCUUAUGUGUAGAUGGUCGGCGGAGGUAUCGGUAGUGACGGUGAGCCUUGAUUUUUAGGAACGUCCCUGAAACGCAUCAAAUCGUGAAACUACACGAGGUGAUGAGAUCGGCAGAGCAAUCCCAUGGAGUAAGUGCCGUGCCGAAAGGAGUAACGGACCCUGGUCAAGGUCGGGGCCCCCUGCAAG